GUUCCUGUUCUUCAAACGAACAAUGGUCCUGGGCUGACAGGAUUAAUGACCAUAGCUGCCCACCUAGUUAAACAGGCUAAGAAAGACCAGCUCCUUGGAAGUACUGCAGAAGAGAAAGCUGUUGUUCAGCAGUGGUUGGAGUAUAGAGUCACUCGAGUAGAUGGAGGCUCUAGUAAAGAAGAUACCAGAAUAAUUCUGAAGGAUCUUAAUAUGCACCUUGAAGAUAAAGUCUACCUUGCUGGAAACGUUUUUACCUUAGCAGAUAUUUUGAUGUACUAUGGAUUACAUCAUGUCAUGGUGGACCUCACAGUGCAAGAAAAGGAGAAAUACCUAAACGUGUCCCGUUGGUUCAACCACAUUCAGCAUUAUCCGGGUGUCCGACAACAUCUGCCUAAUGUCGUCUUUAUCAAGAACAGAUUAUACACUAAUGUCCAUUAA